AUAAAAUUUCUAGUAUUUGCUCUUGGUUAGCUUGCAAGCAUUUUCCUUUCCCAGAAGAAUGGGAUUGUGUUUUAAUUUUGCUUGUGAUACAUUUUCCUGUAUGUAAUUUUUAGACUUAUUUUUGGUAAUUAGAUCUGUUUGUCUUUUGUAUUAGCCUCAGAACUUGGUAGUUAUUUUUUGUCUAUUUUCCUUGAUAGGUUGUAAGCAACACUAGGAUGGUGGGAGUGUUUUUUGUUUAUCCUUGAAAGAUAGUGUAGUGUAGUGUUUGAGAUCUUUAGGCCCUAGAUCCUUUACUCCUUAAUCUAUGACUUUAUGGAAGUGGUUCAACCUUUCUGAGCCUCAAUUGUCUCAUCUCCAAAGUGGAAAGAGCAGUUUUUCUCACAGCCCUGAGAAAAGUAAACUGUCUGGCACAUAGUAUGUACACAGAUAUUAUCUGUUGUCAAAGUCAUCAUCCCUGGAUACUCAUUGUCCUGUAUUAGAAGACAAACAAUAAACAGUCAAAAGAGGGAAUACACAUUAAGUAUGUUUGUACCGGUUUCCAAACUCCACUGAUUUGGACCCCUCCUGAAAUGAAUGAAGUUACUCAACAAAUAUUUAUGAAGCUUCUGUGUGCAAGGUUGUAGACAUAGAACUAUGAUAAGAGUUCUUUCCCCAUGGAACUUACAGUCUGGUCGGGGAGAGAAAUCAAAUACUGCUUCAGAGGAUAAAAGAAGAAAGAUUCUUGUUCUUCCGCUAUGGGUGAGCCGCAACAAGUGAGUGCUCUUCCACCACCUCCAAUGCAGUAUAUCAAGGAAUAUACAGAUGAAAAUAUUCAGGAAGGCCUAGCUCCCAAGCCUCCACCUCCAAUAAAAGACAGUUACAUGAUGUUUGGCAAUCAGUUCCAAUGUGAUGAUCUUAUCAUCCGCCCUUUAGAAAGCCAGGGCAUUGAACGGCUUCAUCCUAUGCAAUUUGAUCAUAAGAAGGAACUGAGAAAACUCAAUAUGUCUAUUCUUAUUAAUUUCUUAGAUCUCUUAGAUAUCUUGAUAAGGAGCCCUGGGAGUAUAAAACGAGAAGAGAAACUCGAAGAUCUUAAGCUGCUUUUUGUACAUGUGCAUCAUCUCAUAAAUGAAUACCGACCCCACCAAGCAAGAGAGACAUUGAGAGUCAUGAUGGAGGUGCAGAAACGUCAACGCCUUGAAACAGCUGAGCGGUUUCAGAAGCAUCUGGAGCGAGUCAUUGAGAUGAUUCAGAAUUGCCUGGCUUCUUUGCCUGAUGAUCUGCCUCAUUCAGAAGCAGGGAUGAGAGUAAAAACUGAACUAAUGGAUGCUGAUGAUACCAACAAUUGUACUGGACAGAAUGAACAGCAAAGAGAAAAUUCAGGUCAUAGGAGAGACCAGAUUAUAGAGAAAGAUGCUGCCCUGUGUGUCCUAAUUGAUGAAAUGAAUGAAAGACCAUGAAGGAUAUAUAUAUAUAUAUAUAUAUAUAUAUAUAUUU